AUGGUGCAAAAUGCGACAUUGUCCUCAUCUUCAACGAGCCCCAAGUCAAUAGUUAGCCACUCCGCCGCGGCGCGCGACAAAAAGGACCACCAGGGCUAUUGGCCAAACAUUGCCAACAAAUCUCAAAUACCGGCAUGGCUGCGUGACAAUGACUAUAUUGUAGAGGGUCAUCCGAUGCCGACAUAUUCCUAUCGACGGUCGUUUCGCCUAUGGCGUUGUUGGCACAUGGAGACCAUGAAUAUCUGGACGCACAUGCUGGGAUCGACAGCCUUUGUGGCUACCAGCUUCGCUCUUUAUCGAUAUGCAUUAGUAUCUGGGAGUCUCCAGCUCACGCGCGGCGAUAUUUUCGCAUUUGGUACAUUUACCACUUCAGCAGCCAUAUGCUUUGGCCUCAGCACCGCAUUCUAUACUCUGAGAAGCCAUUCCUAUAACGUACACCAUUUUUGGGGCCGGAUGGACAUUCUCGGAAUAUGCGUACUUGCUUUCGGAGGCGGAACUUCUAUGACCUACUAUGCAUUCUAUUGCCAGCCCACUAUCCAGUGGCUUUACUGGUGCCUGAAUUGCUUCUCGGCUCUCGCUGGUGCCGUCGCGCUAUUUGACACUGGCGGCGGCGGCAACAAAAUGAGGACGCUUCGUGGCGGUGUCUUCACUCUGCUCGGUAUCUCCGCUAUGAUGCCCAUAUUCCAUAGUGUUAACCAACUGGGCUGGAGUCGCGCAUGCACUGAGAUUGGGGCCAGAUGGUAUUUUGGUGAAGGGCUUUCUUUACUGGUUGGUGUGGGAAUUUUCGUCAGUCGGGUUCCAGAAAGGUUAAGUCCGGGCUCUUUUGAUAUUUUUGGUCAUUCGCAUCAACUUUUCCACACCUUUGCUGUGAUCGGCGGAGCCUGUCAUCUCGUCGCCCUGAUAGCGGGAUACAGUUACCGACAGGCGCACCCAAUAUGUUGA